AGCAAAAGCAAAAGCAGUAAUACCCCGUCGUGCCUUUGACAUUGUCUUGUCUCGUGAUAUACAUAUGUAUGUACAUAUGUGUGUAGUACGCGCCACAAGUGUUUGCAAUUGAUAAAGAAGCAGCAGGAGCACGAGCAGCAGGGAUCCCUCCAACAUGCCGCAGAGCCCCACAACGAAUUGGUCGUUCCAGCCGCUCCACCGCCAGCGCAGUGGCAGCGGGUACCACCAGCAUGUCCUGAACACGGUGCCGGAGACGGCUAUACUGACGACGCCCCCGCCAAUCCGUAAACCGCUCACAAUACAAAUUGCUGGCGUUGCUGAGAACAAACGCAGAUACAUCCCAGCGCGGAAAAAGCCGAAGAGCGCAAUGAAAAUGCUCGUGGACACGGAGCGGGAGGAGGCCCUGAAUCUGCAAAUUGAAUUCGAAUGGGUGCUGCGGCAAGAAGUACACGCGAUAUUGAAACAACUGCGAACCAUUCUGGUGGAGUGUGCGCAUCGAUUUCCUGUGCCGCUCUACGAAAACGAGGGAAAGAAGACUGAAAAGUUCAUACUCACCGUGUCGCCCGAUCAGCUGAAGGCGGUCCUAACCCUAACGGGCGAUGCCAUAACACAGGCGGAUAUUAGCUUUAAGCUGUGCAAAGCUCCAAGCCAAACGCAACGUACCUCAAUCACACAAGACUCGCCGUGGAAGCUGCAGCAGGUUCAGGAUGCCGCUAAUCAUCUACAGACAGCAAUCAAUCACAUUGACGACGUUGAUGACUCUUAUCACUUCAAAACCUCCGAUGAAGUACUGCAUGUGAUCGGCAACAUUCUGGAUGCUUUGCAGCGGGGCCGCAACAGCCUGCUGGUGCCCAAGAAGAAACCCAUCGACGAGCUGAUCAAGGGGCGAAACAUGAAGUCGCUGGUGCCCAAUCUACCCGAGGAUCUGGCCGUCAGCUUCUAUCUGCAAAGCCACAAGCUCAUCAUUGCUGUCUAUCAGCUCCUGAAUAACCAGGGCACGAUGCGGUUCGACUCCCGGCAGGCAGAGGCCUCUGUCCAGUGGCUUAACGAUGUGCUGCUGCUGCUGAUGAACGGCCAGAAGCUGUGCCAGCAAUUAAAAGACAAGAUUUCUGUGUUUUCGGUGUAUAAAGAUUUCACAGUCGGCUCCCGGUCGCCCUCGGCAUUGUCGUACUGAAUUUCAGGCUGGCAAACUGGCAGGCAGGCAGGCAGACAGGAUACCCUAACCGAUAAGUGUGGAAUGGCGACAAAAAACAAUAACAACAAUAAUAGCUAAUAAAGAAUCGUACGUGUAAUAGCAAAGUAAA